AUGUCUGAGCAGUCAAAUACUGUUUGUGCACUCAAUAGUGGAGCGAAGAAAGAGAAACGUCGAGAAAGGAAAGCUUUAUCCGAAAGAAACAAUAAAUACAUUGACAAUGACCCGCUGUGCUUAAGAAUUCAAUGUACGUGUAAUCAUGGACAAAAAAGCAAUUUUAAAUGUAAACAAAUAUCGCAACAGGAUGUCGUUCGAAAUCAUAAAAACUUUUAUUCAACAAAAAAAAAGUUCACCAAGACGUGUAUUUAUGUCGUCUUAUUAGUGCAUUUGAACCCCAACGUAGAGGCAAAAGCACACCACGUCCUUCUGCAGGUGUUUCCUCUACCUAGAAUACCAAUUCAGAAGGCUUUUUAUUCCCGUCAGAUUAGUCUGUAUAAUUUAUGUGUGAUGGAUCUGUCAGAACAAAAUAAUUCUUGUCUGUAUAACUGGGAUGAAACAGAAUCUGGCAAAGGUGCUGUGUCAAUUGGAUCUGCGUUUUACUGCUUUUUGAAUACUCAAACAAUACCGGCUAAUGUGAAGUUAGUAAGACUUUUUUGUGAUGGCUGUGGAGGCCAAAAUAAAAACAGCCAUGUGUUGCUUAAGCUGCUAUUUUGGCUUCAAAAUAAGUCCCCUACACAUGUUAAGAAAAUACAAGUUUAUUUCCCAGUACGAGGGCAUAGCUUCAUGCCAGCGGACCGUUUAUUUGGUAGAGUUGAGAAAGAUAUGAGAAAAAUACCAGUGAUUACUAUGAGGCAAGAAUAUUUUGAAAUAUUUUCUAAACAUGGCAGAGUUUGCGAGCUUGAUAAAGAUUGGUGUCUGUAUGAUAUAAAAGGUUUAGAAACUAAUUGUAAAAAAUUUGUGGGAUACAAUCCAUGA